AUGGCAACCCUCAAUGACUCAUUUUUGGCUGAUCUUGAUGAAUUGUCUGAUAUUGAAGAGCAUCUGGAAGGAGAUGAUGACGACGCGGAGCACAUGGACGAUGAUGUUGACGGUGACCUUGCAGACAUCGAAGCACUUAAUUAUGAAGAUCUUGACAGUGUCUCCAAGUUACAGAAAACUCAACGAUACAUUAACAUAAUGCAGAGAGUCGAGCACGCCCUGGAAAAGGGACCUGACAGCUCAUCUCAUGGGGCUUUUCUAGAAGAUGACCCAGAGUACCUCUUGAUCGUUGACUGCAAUGCCCUGAUGGUCGACAUUGACAAUGAGAUAGCGGUCGUCCACAAUUUCAUCCGGGACAAGUACCGCCUCAAGUUUCCCGAGCUUGAGUCUCUGGUGCCCCAUCCCAUUGACUACGCCCGGCUGGUCAAGAAGAUUGGUAACGAGAUGGAUCUCACGCUGGUCGACCUCGAGGGCCUUCUCCCCUCCGCCACUAUCAUGGUGGUGUCCGUCACGGCCUCUACCACAAGCGGAAAGCCACUCCCGGAUGAUGUCCUCCGGAAGACGACUGAUGCCUGUGACCGGGCACUCUCCCUGGACGCUGCCAAGAUGAAGCUUCUGGACUUUGUGGAGAGCAGGAUUGGGUAUAUUGCGCCCAACCUCUCAGCCGUGGUCGGUGGGACCGUGGCAGCCAAACUCAUGGGGACGGCUGGCGGCCUGACAGCGCUGGCAAAGAUGCCUGCCUGCAACGUGCAGCUACUUGGGGCCAAGAGGAAGAAUCUGGCCGGGUUCUCGACUGCCACAUCUCAGUUCCGAGUGGGAUAUUUGGACCAGACAGAGAUUUUCAACGCUACGCCUGAAGCCCUAAAAAUGCGUGUCUGCCGGCUGCUGGCUGCCAAGUCGACUCUGGCUGCUCGGGUGGACUCAACGAAGGGGGACCUGACGGGAGGGACUGGGAGAGCUUUCCGGGCAGAGAUUCACAAGAAAAUUGAGAAGUGGCAGGAGCCGCCGCCAGCCAAGCAGCCCAAGCCUCUUCCAGUGCCCGACUCGGAGCCCAAGAAGAAGCGGGGCGGUCGGAGGUUGAGGAAGAUGAAAGAGAGGUAUGCUAUCACGGACAUGAGGAAGCUCGCAAAUAGAAUGCAGUUUGGAGUGCCAGAAGAGAGCUCUUUAGGUGAUGGGCUAGGGGAAGGAUAUGGAAUGCUUGGUCAAGCUGGAAAUGGGAAGUUGCGUGUAUCAGUUGGUCAGAGCAGGCUUGCUGCUAAAGUUGCCAAGAAAUACAAGGACAGAAAUUAUGGAAUCAGUGGUGCAACUUCUGGAUUGACAUCGAGCCUGGCUUUCACGCCAGUGCAGGGGAUCGAGCUUUCAAAUCCCCAGGCAAAUCAGCUUGGUGGUGGAACAAGCACGUACUUUUCAGAGACGGGAACUUUUUCUAAAAUCAAGAGAAUGUGA